AAGUAGUCGAACAAGCUCCCGCGCAUACCGUUCUCAGCCUGCAGUCGCGCAGCGUUCAGUCUCUCACAGUCGAUGGCCAUGCGUCGUUGCGCCAUCCUCGCCGCUGUCCUGACCUUGGUCGCAGGGAAGGGCUUCGACUUUCCGGGGGUCCAAGACCGGCUCAAGGGAAACCACCUUCCGUACGAGACGCAGCACCGCCCUGAGGCCUACCCAGUCUACAGACGGCCGGUCGUCCCGUCCCGCCAGCUGAUUGGCCUAGCCACACAAUCGAACGGCACCGGGUUCGAAAACAGACUGUUGGCUACAAACCAUCUCAACGGAGUCGUCGCGGCACAGACAUCGAACGCGUCCGCGUUAAGCCAUGGCGAUGCCCUCAAGGUACCCGCUGUCCCCUCGCACAGCAAUUUCUUUGAACGAAAUCCAUCGUUCGGAAGUAUCCUUGACGCGCCGCCUGCCUCCGGACAUCCUGUCGAUGAGGGCCCCAAACACCCACUGGAGAUGGAUCCUGAACUCACCGGCAAGUUGCACCGCAGGAAGUUGAGGAUGAGACAUCACAAGGGACUGAAGGAACACAAGUCUCGCAGGAUGGAGAAGCUGAUGGAGGACAACGUCGGCGACUUGACUGCUUUGGAUGUGAGACGUCAUCCGGAAACGCAAAGAUCUGAAGCAACUGGCUCCCAAGCAGGAUUGCAGGGGCUGCAAGGCGCAGGGCUACAAGCGGCGGCAGCGCAACCUGGUCACUUGGACGUUUCGCAUUUAGAGCCGGGACAUAUUGACAGCAACCGCUUGGAGUCCUUGCCUGGUCUUAAGGUAGAAUACGCUCGAGCCUACAUAGCAGCGGAAGAACCAGAAGCGGACUCCGGUCCUAUGGAACUCCUCUGCACUGUAGGCUUUCGCGAGUACGCCUCCAUUACCUGGACUGUUAAUGGACGCCCACUCGAAAAUUACAUUGACCGCUCAACAACCACGACUGUGAAGAAUGACAUCCCAGUCAAGGUGUCCAAGAUCGUCAUAGACCAGCUGGAACGAUUACCCUCUGAAAACGGAAAGUUCAUCUUCGAAUGCACCGCUCUUGUGGACUCGCAGGUGACCAAGGCAACGAUUGCUCUGGGAUCUAUCAUAGAGGAUACCUGCACAUCUAAUGCCCAGUGUGAAGCAAGAGGCGCACUCUGUUCUGAAGGUCGCUGUGUCUGCAAGCCUUCCCAGCCUGUUACGCUCAAGUCCAAGCACUUGACCUGCCGCGCUGCAUCCAACCUGGGUUGGCCUUGUCAUUACAGCGAGCAGUGCGUCUUCGCGCAGCCAAAUUCUGUCUGCACGGAUCGGCUCACCUGCGACUGCAGCUUAGGGUUUGUACGAUCGCUCGACGGCAAGACUUGUGACAAGCUCACGGCAGCCCAGAACUUGCUGGGGACUCCAUGCAAAGGUGACGCUGAUUGCCAUGCUGUUGGAGCUGUUUGCGUCAAUUCGUUGUGCGCAUGCGCUAACGACACAAUGGAGAAGGGUAGUAUGUGCCUUCCAUUGGGAAACCUGAAACUUGAAGCCAGAGAGCUCGGAAUGUAUCGCGGAGCCUUAACUGUUAAUGGUUCAAUGCCGAACCCAGCUUUGGUGGCUGAGACCACAUCAUCUACCCUGCAAUUACCUUCUGGAGCUGCAAGUGUUUCUGCUAAAUUUUUUGUCCUGCUCGGCGCCGUUACGUUUGCACUUCACAGAUGAGGAUGUAUGGAUUGCGGACAAUAAAAAUUUUACCUUCUACUGAA